AUGCUUGCAGUGUAUUUUGACACCAAAACUUCGACUUGGAGGGUUACAAAAUUAGUCGAGAACCACAACCACGAUCUUGUCCCACAAUGCAUGGUACACCUAAUUCCAAACCAUCGAGGGUUGACUGAGCCACAAAAAGCUCAGGCAAAUACCAUGCAUGAUCAUUGUCUUCCAACCUCUAAAAUAAUGGGACUAAUGGUAGGCCAAGCUGGUGGUUAUGCCAAUGUUGGGUUCACAAAGAAGGACCUAGAUAAUCACUUUCAAAGAACUCGUCGUGCAAAUCUCAUUGGUGGGAAUUCCAAUGCGACGGUUAGCUAUCUACUUGGGAAAGCCGAUGUCGACCCGAUGGCCAUGGCAAGGUACAGUGCUACUAAUGAAGGUCGGCUGGCAAAUUUAUUUUGGGCAGACGGAAUUUGUAGGUCCGAUUAUCAGUGCUUUGCAGAUGUGCUUGCAUUUGAUACAACCUACCAGAAGAAUAAGUACAAAAGGCCAUUGGUAAUCUUCUCAGGUUGUAACCAUCAUCGCCAAACAUGUAUAUUUGUUUUUGCCUUGGUAGAGGACGAACGGAUGGCAACAUUGAUGAGCGGAUAA